AGGCGUGGUUCCGCAGUCCAGUGGGAAUUGCACAUCGCACAUUGAUCCUCUCCCUCUUCCUUGAAAAAUAACUCUCUGUCUCUCGAAUCUCGCCCCGCAAUCUCUCUCGAAAUCAUGGCGCCGAUGAAGGUGUUCGGGUCGGCGCCGUUCACGAACGUGGCACGGGUGCUGGUGUGCCUGGAGGAGAUCGGCGCCGAGUACGAUCUCGUGGACAUCGACUUCCAUGUCAAGCAGCACAAGGCCCCUGAGCAACUCGCCAGAAACCCAUUUGGACAGGUCCCGGCGUUCCAGGACGGCGAUCUGUUACUCUUCCAAUCCCGUGCAAUUUCGCGGUACGUGCUCCGGAAGUACAAGACCGAGGAGGUGAAUCUACUGCGGGAAGGCAACCUGGAAGAGUCUGCGCUCGUGGACGUGUGGCUAGACGUGGAGGCGCUUCAGUUCGACCCCGUGAUGCACUCGGUGUUCUAUCAGCACCGCGUUGUGCCCGUCCUGGGCGGGACAACUGAUGCGAAGAUGGUCGAGGUGAGCAUCGGGAAGCUGAAGAAGGUGCUGGACGUGUACGAGGCCCAGCUGAGCAAGCACAGGUACCUGGCAGGGGAUCUCGUCAGCCUCGCCGAUCUUAGCCAUUUCCCUGAGACGCACUACUUCAUGGAGAUGCCCCACGCGGCGGUGUUCGAUUCGUAUCCUCGUGUUAAGGCGUGGUUGGAGGAUCUCAUGUCCAGGCCGGCCGUCAAGAAGGUUGUUAAAAUGAUGGGCCAGGAAACCCACUAAAAGUUGUGCUAGUCUGUGCCGUACGUACUACGCCUGGUGCCUACUUACUAGCUGUACGCAUGGUGCCUCUUUAUUCCUUAGCUUUAGUUUCAGCUUAAUUUUGUCUUGCAAAUAAUAUACGUGUACCGUGCGCUCUGUUCACUUCACGGUAUUGUUCGCUUUAGUCACUAGAUUGUCUAGGGCAUCUACGGUGGAAGAUAACACUGUCAUUUCUUAUGUGUUCUUAAAAACAAGUACAACAAAUAUUGUACCAUAA